UGUGAAGCUUCCCAAGUGGAGAUUUGGAAACUUGCUUGGUGCUCAUUUGUACUUUGGACUGUAAGCAUGAGCGAAUUCUGGUUGUGCUUCAACUGCUGUAUUGCUGAGCAGCCUCGGUCUAAAAGGCACCGGCGGAUUGACCGAAGUAUGAUCGGAGAGCCGACAAACUUUGUACACACAGCUCACGUCGGAUCAGGAGACCUUUUCAGCGGAAUGAAUUCAGUUAGCUCCAUUCAGAACCAGAUGCAGUCCAAGGGAGGCUACGGGGGCGGAAUGUCUGCCAACGUGCAGAUGCAGCUUGUGGAUACGAAGGCGGGAUAGCGCCGGGUCCCUCUCCAGUCAUUGUGAAUUUGUAUGUUUUCUCUUUCUACUAUUCUUUAAUUUUUUUUUUGUCGUGAUUGCUUUUCUUUUCAACUGCAAAAAAGAAGUGUGAUAGCGUCUUGUUCAUCCUGUUGUGGUUACUCCAGUGAGAUGUUACCUGUUCUGCUCCGAAGAAGCUGCUGUCAGAUGAACCUGCAUUCCUUCAGCUGGCAGGCAUGCCUUUGGACUCAUGGACAGAGUUCUUUAGAUUGUGUCUUAAAUUUUUAUCAGUUUGGAUCUGAUCUCAGCAUGACCUUUUUGUGAAUGCUAGCACUAUUUUGCAUUAUUUUUUCCAUUUUAAAUAUUUCUCACCUCCAAUCCUCUGCCUUAUGAUUCUGUUGGUAAGCAAGGACCUGCUAUUUGUUGCCAUUUAUGUAUAUUUUGGAAGGUAUGAGACCCACAAGCACAAUGAUUAUUCAUUUGAAACUUCAGCAGAAUAGAUAUCUGCAUGCUUUAUGAAGUUGCUUUGUAUGGGAUGCCAGAAAUGAACAUUUCUUUGCUGCCAUGGGCUGAUGAUACUGCUGCUAUUAGAGAAAGGUUAGCUGUGGCACCAAGUCACAUCAGUUUCACAAAAAAAGGUUACUUGUAGCUUAUUUAGAAGUAUGACUUUUUGGUCUGUUUAGUUAGAAUUACAAUAAAAGUCUGCAUUCGUAAGCAUUCAGGUGUAAAUGUUCAGCAUAUUUAUUUUGAGAGCAAGGACCUGUGCUUGGGAACAGGUCAGGUUCUGUAUCUGAGUGGUGGUAACAACACCCUUAGCCAGUCUGGCUCCGAGCAUCAUCUUUACAUUAUUCUGUUUAAUAUUAUGGUAUCCAGUUGUUUCCAGUAGCAGUUUGAACUUCUGGCCUGUCCUGCAGUCAGUGGCCUCCAGAUUCUGGAGCAGUGGAAGUUGCCAAGAGCAACACACUGACCUGGCUGAAUCGUUGCCCGUGAAAACAACCUGUAUGGUGAAUUUUCAUGGAAUUGGUGAGAAAACCUUUUCUUAGGUUCCAACAUAUAUUUUUUCUUUACAUUAUAUUUCUGUAAAUGCUUCCCCUUCCCAAAAAGGUGUAGCAUUAAGCCAGUUAGUGGUUUGCAUUCUUGUUAAAGCAUAAACCUUUGUCCAGCUCAGCCCCAUCUAACUGGUAGGAUUAACAUUUCAUGCAGCAAAUGGCACUUAACUGAAAAACUUACUUUAAGGAACUAGGUGUUGAAAAUGACCACUUCUCUGUACCCCUCGCCCCUCACCUUAGUCCCAGAUUCUUAUGAAACAGGUAACUGAGUCUUAGGUCUAUGUAGACAAAACGUGAAAGCAUUUCUCUCCCAAUUCUUUUGAAUUUAACUUACCCAGUACAGGGGGCACUGGAUCACUCAGUCCUUGUACUUUGCAAUUUUGAGCCUUCAUAGGUGUCAGCCUCAAACAAUCUGUCAAGGAAAAAACAUUUAUGUUUAGUAAUCAUAAAGGCACCUUGCAUAAUAAACUUUAAUUCGCUAAAGAGCUGGUUUGCCAUGGUCAUUCUGAUCAGCCAGACACACUGGUUUUUUCUUGGCAUUGUCGGCACUGGUGCCAUUUAGUCUACUUCUGUUUUGGCUUUUAAAAGUAAUAAUACAGUUUUUAUACUUGGAAUAUAACUCCUGGAAUGACAGUACAGGGGACCAUGGUCCCUUUUCCCCAACACAUGAUUUUACUCUUUUCUGCUUCCGAGGACCAAAGACCCAAGUGCAUGAGUCUGCACGGUGAGCCCAAGGCUGUGCUCUCUUCAGGCACCACUGACUUCACAGGCACAGCAGCCACACUGUCCGAGGGCACAUGCUGAGGAGGGUGCCAAUAAAUUCAAGAAAUAAGAACAUUAUGAAGAAUUCUAAGAUACCAACCUUGGACACAAUUUUUUAGGAAGGUUUGAAAGCAGCUUCCUCACACAAGUGGGGUUGUAAAUUUCGGGCAGGGAUCUGGUCCCCCAGAGAUAAUAUCUCAUUUUAAAAUUGAAGCUAACUAAAUAAGAUUGACUGUUAAUAACUUUGCUGAAAUACAUGCUAAUAACUGUUAAGCAAAGGAAACUGAAUGAAGGUUUAACUGAUGAUACGGAUUCUGUUAUCAGUGACCUGCAUUCUCUAAGCCAGGUGCACCCCCGCCCCCCAGCGUGAGGUGGCGUGGCGAGCAGAGUGGGAAUGCUGUGGCCGGGUGCAGCGGAGGGGCCUUGACGGACGCUUUGUGAGAUUAGCUUUCACUUUUGUUAAAUUAUAGCAGUUUCACUAGAGAGAGCAAGUUUGCCUUGAUUUUGUUUAAAAUGACUUCUGCUCAGCACCCAAAAGAUAAAAUUGACAUAUUUUUAUAAUAUAAGCAUACUUUUUUUGUACAUUAUGUUCAUUCUUGAAUAAAGUGAGUUCAGUGUUGGCUUGUAGAUAAUAAAAAGAAAGUAUUGAUUCAAUAAAUGUUUUCUUUCAA